CAGAAUUAUUGUAAAAGUCACAGUAGUUGCAAAAAGAUGAGAGUAGAUUUUACAGUUAUGGGAUUUCAAAAAAUUCUAUUAGUGAUUAUUAUUAUUCAAGGAAUCUCUUCGUAUUAUAUUUACAACGCAGAUACAAAUCAAGUUCUAUCUUACGCUACAUUAAAUAACUUACCGGAAGGAUUCAAAAUUAUACGAGCUCCUAAAUAUUUAUCCAGACGAAAUAAAAAAACUGAUACCCGGGGACUGAGUUGUCCUAAACAGAAAUUCAUCUGUGACGAACCGUAUGCUAAAUCAUCAACGUACCAAUUCGAAUGUGAAUACGAUACUCAAUGUCCGAACAAUUACUUGUGUUGUAGUCAAAAUUGCUUCAAACACAAAGUUUGCUCGAAAGGCGUAUUCAGAAGCAUUAAAAACCCAUAUUGGACUUCUAACUCCAAAAACAAUUCGAUUUCUUUAGACGCCGAAUCGAAAAAAUGCCAAAAAUGGCCGUUUCCUUGUUCAAAUAUUUAUCCUGAAAGUUUUUCAUAUCCAUUUAAAUGCGAAUCUGAUACACAAUGUCCAAAAUAUUAUUUGUGCUGUCGACAAAAUUGUUUUAAACAUAAAAUUUGUUCAAAGGAAGUUGUGUACGUAGAAGAAUUGAGAAAAACAGAAAAAACUGCUAAAACUACUACCCUAGAUGGCGGAACAACGCAAAAUUCCGAUAGUUCCACUGCGGAUUCCGAUUAUUCAACUGCGGAUUCCGAUUAUUCAACUGCGGAUUCCGAUUUUUCAACUGCGGAUUCCGAUUAUUCAACUGCAGAUUCCGAUUAUUCAACUGUGAAUUUCGAUGGUUCAAAUGCGGAUUCCGAUUUUUCAACUGCGGAUUCCGAUUAUUCAACUGUGAAUUUCGAUAGUUCAACUGCGGAUUCCGAAACUUCAACUGCGAAUUUCGAUGAUUCAAUUGCGGACUCCGAAAGUUCAACUGCGGAUUCCGAUGUUUCAACUGCGGAUUCCGAUAGUUCAACUUUGGAUCCGAAUGCAAUUUAUCCAGAAUUUUUUUAUAGUGAAAGUGUCGAAGUCCUCAACGAGGAUUAUAGCGAAGGAAAAUAGGAUUUAAAAACGUUAAAUGUUAUUUUUGAUAAGAUUAUACUUUUUUUUAUAAUAAUUCAUAAUAAAUUUUGAAUAAA